UUAUGUGAAACUCAGCUCCUCGGAAACAUAGGCUCGAACUGUUUCCAUAACAGUCGGAGUGUUGGAGCAAUGGAGCAUCGGAUCAUCUGAGUGUUGGAGUGUCGGAGAGUCAGAGCAUUAAUGGACUGUGAUAGAGUUAAAGCCUUUUGGAGGUGAGCUGUUUGAGAGCUGAUGUUUAAACAUGUCUGAAGUAGCUGCUGACAUUUUCCCCAACUCCUCAGCUCAGCUGAGCCCUGAUUCAUCUCUUGAUGGGCUCCCAUCUGAGAAGAACAUGCCAGGGACCCAAAGAGAGGACAGGAGGGUCCAGGGAAUAGCAAGCCUUCCUGCUACCUUCUGUGUGUGCCUGGAGGCAGAGCAACUGAAGGGCUGCCUAAACUCUGAAAAGAUCUGCAUCGCCCCCAUCCUGGCUUGCCUGCUCAGCCUUUGCCUCUGCAUUGCUGGCCUCAAAUGGGUGUUUGUGGACAAGAUUUUUGAGUAUGACUCUCCUACCUACCUUGACCCUGGGAGGAUAGGACAAAAUCCAAAGAGUGCUGUGGAUCCUACAGCUCUGUCUGCUUGGGUACCUUCAGAGGUGUAUGCCUCACCUUUCCCCGUAACUAGCCCUGAGAGCAAGGCUGAAGUGACAAUGCAAACUGACAGCUUGCUUGUGCCCUCCAAACCAUUCCUCCAGCCUUCUCUAUAUAACCGCAUCUUAGAUGUUGGGUUGUUGUCCUCUGCUGCACCUUCAUUGUCACCACCUGCCCCGGAGCCUACCACAGUGUUCCAGGCACAAGCAACAGAAACCAGUCUCCAAACUGCUCCAAAACUUUGUAAGUAG